CCUCCAACACUUCAAUCUACAAUACAUUCCCCUCCUUUUUUUUUCCAAAGGGAAUUGAUUGAGAAGUUGACUGUGAACAAAUCGGUUAAUUAUUUCUAAUUUAAGAGUGGUUUGCUUUCCACUUCUCUUUUCUUUCACUGCCUGGUUUCAUCAACCCCUCCAAAUUCAGAACGAAUUCACCAAAGUUUACUGCCGCCACCAUGUACGUCUAUAAGAGAGGUAUGUAUAUCAAUCUAAACUGCUACUUUUUCGCUGUACUCAUCAUAUCUAGAUGGCCGUAAGGAACGCGUUCAAUUCGAUAAGAUCACAGCUCGUGUAUCAAGAUUGUGUUAUGCUCUCGAUCCUGAUCACAUCGAUGCCGCUGCCAUUACUCAAAAAGUCAUUUCUGGUGUCUAUCAAGGUGUAACAACCAUUGAACUUGACAACCUCGUAAGUUAACCUUUACAAGCGCGCUGAAACUGCUCCUCUUUCCAGUAUAGUCUGCUAACUUUCUGCAAAGGCCGCAGAGACAGCUGCAUAUAUGACAGUCACCCAUCCCGAUUAUGCCAUUCUAGCUGCUCGUAUUGCAGUAUCAAACCUCCACAAACAAACCAAGAAACAAUUCUCCCACGUUAUCCGCGAUUUAUACCAAUACACAAACCCAAAAAAUGGCAAAGCAUCUCCUAUGAUUAGCAAGGAAACUUUCGAAUGCGUCAUGAGACAUGAGGAAGAACUCAACUCUGCUAUUGUCUACGACCGAGAUUUCAACUACCAAUACUUCGGAUUUAAGACCCUUGAGCGAUCAUAUCUUUUACGUCUCGAUGGCAAAGUUGCGGAACGUCCUCAACAAAUGAUCAUGCGUGUUGCCGUUGGUAUUCACGGUAAUGAUAUCGAAAGUGCUAUCGAAACAUACAACUUGAUGUCAAACAAGUACUUUACACAUGCUUCCCCAACACUCUUUUCUGCCGGUACUCCACAAGCACAACUUUCGUCGUGCUUCCUCAUCGACAUGAAGGAGGACAGUAUUGAUGGUAUCUAUGAUACUUUGAAGAUUUGUGCCAUGAUCUCAAAGAAUGCCGGUGGUAUUGGUCUCAACAUUCACAGAAUCCGUGCUACUGGUGCAUACAUCGCCGGUACCAAUGGAAAUUCCAAUGGUAUUGUUCCUAUGCUUCGAGUUUUCAACAACACUGCCAGAUAUGUUGAUCAAGGUGGUAACAAACGCCCCGGUGCUUUUGCUGUUUACCUUGAGCCAUGGCAUGCCGAUGUUUUCGAGUUUCUUGAUCUACGCAAGAACCAUGGUAAGGAAGAAGUUCGUGCACGCGAUCUCUUUUAUGCCUUGUGGAUUCCUGAUUUGUUCAUGAAGCGUGUUGAAAAGAAUGGAGAAUGGACUCUUAUGUGCCCCAAUGAAUGCCCUGGUUUGGCAGAUGUUUAUGGUGAGGAGUUUGAGGCCCUCUAUGAGAGUUAUGAAAAGGCAGGAAAGGGUCGCAAGACUAUCAAGGCUCAAAAGCUUUGGUACUCUAUCCUUGAGGCUCAAACCGAGACCGGAAAUCCUUUCAUGCUUUACAAAGAUGCAUGCAACAAAAAGAGCAACCAAAAGAACCUUGGUACUAUUCGCAGCUCCAACUUGUGCACAGAGAUCGUCGAGUACUCUGCACCAGAUGAGGUUGCUUGCUGUAACUUGGCUUCUAUUGCUCUACCAACUUUCGUCAACAUGAAUGAGGGAACCUAUGAUUUCCAAAAGCUUCACGAGGUUGUCCAAGUUGUCGUUAGAAACUUGAACAAGAUCAUUGAUAUCAACUAUUAUCCCGUACAAGAAGCUAGAAAGAGCAAUUUCCGUCAUCGACCUAUCGCUGUUGGUGUUCAAGGUCUCGCUGAUGCUUUCUUGGCUCUUCGUCUUCCAUUUGACUCACCAGAAGCCAAGCACCUUAAUAUCCAAAUUUUCGAGACCAUCUACCACGCUGCCUUGACCUCAUCUGUCGAAAUUGCAAAGGAACUUGGCCCAUACGAAACUUAUCAAGGCUCCCCAGUCUCCAAGGGUGAACUCCAAUAUGAUAUGUGGGGCGUCACUCCCUCUGAUUUGUGGGAUUGGGACUCUCUAAAGCAGUCCAUCAAACAACACGGAAUUCGCAACUCUCUACUUGUUGCACCCAUGCCUACUGCUAGUACUUCACAAAUUCUCGGUUUCAACGAAUGCUUCGAACCAUACACUUCAAAUAUUUACUCACGUCGUGUCCUGGCUGGAGAAUUCCAAGUUGUUAACCCAUGGCUCCUCAAAGACCUGGUUGAUAUGGGUCUCUGGUCUGACAACAUGAAGAAUCGUAUCAUUGCUGAUGGUGGAUCCAUUCAAAAUAUUCCUAACAUUCCAGCUGACAUUAAGGCCCUUUACAAGACUGUUUGGGAAAUUUCUCAACGAACAAUUGUUCAAAUGGCUGCUGAUCGUGGUGCAUUUAUCGAUCAAUCUCAAUCAAUGAACAUUCACAUGAAGGAUCCUACAAUGGGCAAGAUCACAUCUAUGCAUUUCGCUGGAUGGAAAUUGGGUUUGAAGACUGGAAUGUAUUAUUUACGUACCAUGGCUGCCUCAGCACCUAUUCAAUUCACCGUUGAUCAAGAAGCUCUACUUGUAGCUGAUACCAAUGUCGCUCGAGAACGUACUAUGAAGAAGCGAACUCUGCCAUCUUCUGGUUAUGUUUCAAGCGCCUCUUCAAUUGGUGGUGGUGGUCCAAAGCCUAUGUAUGCUGGUAAAUCAUCGACAUCUCUUAGUAGUGCACCAAAGGAUGUACCAACACCUAGCAUUACACCUCCUCCUGCACCAGCUAAGGAGACACACACACCAAUUGCUAAGACUCCUUUCAAAGCUGAUGUGGAGGAAGGUGAUAGUCCUAAGGCACUCGCUACAGAUCCUACUGGUGCAGUUCCUAAGGAUGAAGAAUUACUUGAGUCAAGUGUUGAGAAGAAAAAUCAGGAUGAGGAUGAAGGCAAAGAUAGUACUAAUCGAGAGUAUGAUAUUUAUGCCGAUGCCAAGUUGCAAUGUAAGUUUCUAUGUCUCUGCAUUAUCACCAAAAACAUUACUAAUAGUCAUACAGGUAGCAUUGAUAACAAAGAGGAGUGUAUGAUGUGCAGUGGAUAGAAUAGAGGAGUCUAGCUCACGCUUUAAUGCUUUUUGGGUUUUGGGUUAAAUAAGGCGUUGAUUUAUUGAUUGAUUGGCAUUUUUUAUGGAAAUGGGUAGGGAUGGUUGGAUGGAUGGAUGAAUGAAUGGAUAAAUAAUAUGAUUAUUAUGUAGGUACUGAAUCGAUGUUGUAUGAAUGAUUAAGGG